AUGGGUAACCUUCCCAGUUCACGAGUCCAAGCAUGUCGACCUUUUUCCAAAGUAGUAGUGGAUUAUGCAGGUCCACUGCCGAUGCGUGAAUGCAAGUUGCGUAAAUCCCGACAAUACAAAAUUUACGUUUCUGUUUUUGUUUGUAUGGUGACCAAGGCGGUGCAUUUGGAAAUUGUUACAGAACUAUCUACCGCAGCAUUUUUGGCAGGUUUUGACCGCUUUGUUUCCCGACGCGGACUCCCGUCAGACGUCUAUUCGGAUUGUGGAACCAAUUUCAAGGUUGCCGCUAAACAUCUGUUUGAUGUCAUUAACGAUCCAGAAAAUCAUCAUGCACUGUCAUCACAUUCAUUCUGUACCUGGCAUUUCAAUCCACCCGCAGCACCCCACUUUGGGGGUCUAUGGGAAGCUGCGGUGCGUUCAUUCAAGACUCUACUUGUACGAAUGGUUGGAAAUCACACUUUUACUAUGGAAGAAUUAUCAACGUUAUUGUGCCGGAUCGAAGCUGUAUUAAAUUCCAGACCUCUAACACCUCUGACGACUUCUCCUCUAGAUUUGGAUUAUCUAUCGCCUGGUCACUUCAUUAUUGGACAACCGUUACUAGCUGUCCCUGACUUUGCCGUUUCCGAAGAACGUUCAAACCUGUUGACUCGGUGGAAAUUGCUACAUCAAUGUCACCAAUCAUUCUGGCGUCGUUGGUCUACUGAGUACUUGGCAUCCCUUCAAAUCCGGUCCAAGUGGACAACAGAUGUACCCAAUAUUAAGAUUGGACAAAUGGUUGUAAUAAGGAUAACCUAA